CCGGUUGAAAAGAGGCCCGCCAGCUCUGCACCACCACAUCCUAUCUCUAUGGCCACAAUUCUCUCACCUUCAGCUCUCCUCCCCUCCUCUAACAACGCCGGAGCAUCUUCAAAAUCCAUCGCAAAUCCGACCUCCUUCCUCUACAAACCCCCGAAUCUAACACCUCCUCACUCCAAAACCAUCUCAAUCUGUCUCUCCACCGUAGCCAAAUCCCUCGUCGCCGGCGUCGCAGCCGCUGUAAUUCUUACGGCCCCCGCCGCUCCGUCCCUCGCAGAGACGACAGCGUAUCAGAUCUACUACGGAACAGCCGCGAGCGCUGCAAAUUACGGAGGAUACGGAGGGAACGCUAGCAAGAAGGAUACGGCAGAAUAUGUGUAUGAUGUUCCCGAUGGAUGGAAAGAGCGUUUGGUAUCCAAGGUCGAGAAAGGCACAAAUGGAACUGACAGCGAAUUUUAUAAUCCUAAGAAACGACAAGAGAAAGAGUACCUCACUUAUCUCGCCGGAUUCCGCCAGCUCGCUCCUAAAGACGCCGUCCUCAACAAUUUAGCUUUGUCUGACGUCUAUCUCCAGGAUCUGAUUGCGAGUGCAGAUAGUGUGACAUCGGAGGAGAAGAAAAACGACAACGGUCAAGUAUACUAUGUUUAUGAGAUCAACGGGGUUGGGGCUCAUAGCUUAAUCACGGUGACAUGCGCCAAUAACAAGCUAUACGCACACUUUGUGAACUCACCGGCGCCGGAAUGGAACAGGGACGAGGAAACCCUCAGGCACCUCCACCAAUCUUUUAAAACGAUUGGAUCCAAUUGAUUGAUUCAUUGAUCUUGAAGAUUAAUUGGAAGUUGUAUUAGUUAUAUUAAUUUUCUCUAUUAUAAAUACAUUAAGCAUUUUUGUAAA